GGAAAGGGGAAAGCAAGGGACUUAGCGAGCUUUGCGCACGUGCGCGGUUGGUGUUUGGCGUCGAGCCGCAGCGGCGAUUUCCCGUUCAAGAUGGGAAAGAAGGGGAAAGUGGGGAAGAGCCGAAGGGACAAGUUCUAUCACUUGGCCAAGGAGACUGGGUUCCGCUCUCGUUCAUCCUUCAAGCUCAUCCAGUUGAACCGUAAAUUCCAGUUCCUCCCAAAGUCACGGGCUCUCUUGGAUCUGUGUGCCGCCCCUGGAGGAUGGCUCCAGGUGGCUUCCAAGUUCAUGCCGGUUUCCAGUCUGAUUGUUGGGGUUGACCUGGUUCCCAUCAAGCCCAUCCCCAACGUGGUCACCCUGCAGGAAGACAUCACCACUGAAAAGUGUCGCCAGGCCCUGCGCAAAGAGUUGAAGACGUGGAAAGUGGAUGUGGUGCUGAACGACGGGGCCCCCAAUGUGGGAGCCAGCUGGGUGCAUGAUGCCUUUUCGCAAGCCACCCUUACCUUGUCUGCACUCAAACUGGCCUGCGACUUCCUGUCCAAGGGCGGCUGGUUCAUCACCAAGGUUUUCCGUUCCCGGGAUUACCAGCCCCUCCUGUGGAUCUUCCAGCAGCUCUUCCACAAGGUGCAAGCCACAAAGCCACAGGCCUCGCGCAACGAGUCGGCGGAAAUCUUUGUGGUCUGCCAGGGCUACUUAGCCCCAGAAAAAAUUGACAGCAAGUUCUUUGACCCCAAGUUUGCUUUCAAGGAAGUGGAGGUCCAGGCCAAGUCCGUGAGUGAGCUGGUGUCCCAGAAAAAGCCCAAGGCGGAGGGCUACGAAGACGGAGCCACGGUUCUCUACAACCGCUGCACGCUGACAGACUUUCUCAAGGCCUCCAAUCCCGUGGACUUCUUGUCCAAGGCCAGCGAGAUCAUCAUAGACAAUGAAGACCUACGACGUCACAGCACAACAACCGAGGAGUUGUGCCACUGUUGCCAGGAUAUCCGCGUUCUGGGCCGCAAGGAGCUCCGGACUCUGUUGAACUGGAGGGCAAAGCUCCGGCGAUUCCUUGCCAAGAAGUUGAAAGAACAAGCCAAGGAAAUGAAUCUCGACUUGAGCUCCGGCGAAGAAGAGGAAGCGACACAAGCUGGGCGAGCGGCUCCAGAGCCGCAGGGUGCCGUUGAGGAGCGAGAAGAGAAAGCAGAGGAGGAGCAACUGGAGAGGCAGCUGGCCGACCUCAAGGCUCAGGAGAUGGCGGAACUCAAGCGGAAGAAACGCAAAAUCCUACGUGAGCGACGACGGCAACGAGAGCGCGUCGAGCUCAAGAUGGACCUUCCGGGUGUUUCUGUUGCUGAUGAUGGCGAUACGGGGAUGUUCUCCCUCCGGGCCAUUGGGAAAAGUCAGCUACUCCAUGAGAUGGUCCAGGGUGAUAUGGCGGCAGCAGACUCCUUUGUGGAGACCACCACAGGCGUAGAUGACCUGUCCCUCUCCGAGGGGGAAGAAUCCGGUGAUGACGUCUCUCUAGCCAGCGAACUGGACGACGAGGAACUGGCUGAGGUCGAAGAGCGGGCGAGCCAGCUGAAGCCACCUUGUGCCCCUGUGAGGGCUGCUGAGGAAGAGGAGGAGGAGGAUGCAGAGGCCGGGAAUCCCCUGCUGGUGCCUCUGGAGGACAAGGAGGAGCGUGAGAAACAUCAGGCCCACCUGUGGUUUGGGAAGGAAGCUUUUGCUGGGAUCGAUGAUGACAGCGAUGAAGAUCUGGAGAUUGGGCAGGCCCAGAUGCUGUCCCAGAGCCAGGUGGCGCCUGCUACAGUUUCCCGAAAGACGAAAAAGAAGCCAAAACAAGCGCCGAAGCAGGAGGCCGUGCCAGAGCCAACCCCCGAAGGAGGCCAGGAUUCUGGAGAAACCAGAACCCCAUUGGAAGCAAAGGACUCUGACACAGACGAGAGCGACAGCAGCGACAGCAGCGACAGCGAUGAGGAAAGGGUGCCGUCAGCUCCACGUGCAGGAGCAAAGCAUUCUUUGGCAGAGACCGGCGAUAUUGAGGUGGUUCCUAUUGAAGAUCCAGUGAAACGAGCUCGGGUUCUGGAUGCCGAAGGACUGGCGCUGGGGGCGGUCAUUGCCACAUCCCGCAAGGCCAAGAGAGAUUUGAUCGACGGUUCUUUCAACAGAUACACAUUUAACGAGGAGGAAGGCGAGCUCCCCGAAUGGUUUGUCCAGAAUGAGCAGCAGUACCGGCGCAAACCCUUGCCGCUGGACAAGCAGGCCGUGGAAGAGUAUCGCCAGCGCUGGCGGGAGAUCAACGCCCGGCCCAUCAAGAAAGUAGCCGAAGCCAAAGCCCGCAAAAAGCGCCGGAUGCUUAAAAAAAUGGAGCAGUUGAGGAAGAAGGCGGAGUCUGUGGUGAAUACUGUAGACAUCUCGGAGCGGGAAAAGGCUGCCCAGCUGCGCAGCCUCUACAAGAAGGCAAAAUUAGGCAAGGAAAAACGGAAGGUAACCUAUGUUGUGGCCAAGAAAGGUGCAGGCCGGAAGGUCCGCCGCCCUGCAGGAGUGAAAGGCGAGUUCAAGGUGGUCGAUAGCCGUCUGAAGAAGGACAUGAGAGCCCAGAAGAAGAAGGAACAGAAGCCAAAGCGCCGGCGGCAGAAGUAAAGGACCGUUGUGGUACCACGAUGUCGUGAGUGCCUCUUCUGCAGGCCUCAGAUGCUUCAAAACGGUAGAACAUGCUGAACUUGCCCAGCAGCAAUAAAAGGACUAGUCCCUGCCUUGUGCUUUAGGUGAACCAAGAGAAGACAUUCACAGAUGUGGUGGGUUUGGUAUUUGGAUCGCUUGAGGUGAUGGCAGGUAUGAAGUGUGUAAAUGUGGCAGUUUCACCUCUUAGGUGCCUUCCCUUCAGAGGUUGUGCUCUUUGUCAUUAAAUUGUUUUUAUUUCCA